AUGGCAGAAACCGCGACUUCCCAAAAUCCCAGCGAACCGUCGGAACGACUCGCCCACUACAAGCAGAAGCCCAUUCCAGAUUCAACCGCCACCAUGGCUGGACAAACUGAAGACCACAGCUACCAUCCUAAGGAUGCGAUCCAGGCGACAAUGAAGACCACUAUGCUCACUGGUGGAGUGGGUCUUUUCGCCUCGGCAGUUCAGAACACCCUCACCAGGAAGAACGUUGGGCCAUUCGGUGUCUUCGUGAGAAGCGGCAGCACAAUCGGUGUUUUCGCGGCAAUGGGAGGUACCUAUGAGUUCGUGAAGACGGCGUCCGCCAACCUGCGGGAGAAGGAGGAUCACUGGAACGUCGCAUUGGGCGGUUUCUUCUCUGGUGCGAUCCUGGGUCUACGAGCCCGGACUUUCCCCGCCCUUCUCGGUUAUGGUGCUGCACUGGCAACCGCCAUGGGCGCUUUCGAAUACACCGGCGGAUCGUUGUGGGGUUACAAGAAGAACGCCGAUAUUGAUGAGUUCGAGCGUCGGGAGCAAUUGCGGAAGUCAUACAGAACCUCGGGCGAGCAGACCCUUGCCGAAUUGGGUGAGGGACGAGGUCUCUAUGGUCCUGGCUACGCCGAGAGACGGGCACAGAGAAUCAAGGAAGCAUACGGUAUCGAGGUCCCCACAUCCCAGGCUCCCGCUUCAUGAAUAUAGUUCGGUUUCCAGGUCUCUUUUCAAUCUGCCGAUUCCCAGUAUCCUUGUGUAAAAUUACCCUUAUAUGUCGAACACAUUUAGCUAGCAACUUUGGCAAAAUUCUUUACUGGAGAUUGCAUUGUUCAUGGGUCAUGUUUUCUGUGUUGAUGUCUUUCCAUCACUUGACCAACAUGAACGUAAGAGCAUGGGUGGCGGCGUGAUUACAUUUCUAGCGUAAGGGACCAAUUGCGUACAGCCAACACAUUAUAUGCUGAGCUAUGUAUGCCGUGUCAUUCUUCAAUGUGCAUUGCGAUUAUAUUUAGAGUGAAGCAGCGAGGGAUGUUAGAUACCAGCGGCGGUCUAUCUGCAAGACUAUGCGAUAAGGAUCAACCCAUGCUUGGAGGAUCAACGGCG